AUGUGCGCAUCUGCACGUAAUGUUCAAUUUAAUGUCUCUGAUGACUAUAAAGUCCUUGAUGUUAUUGGGGAGGGUGCAUAUGGGAUUGUUUGUUCUGCUAUUCAUAAGCCAAGUGGACAGAAAGUAGCUAUUAAGAAAAUUUCACCGUUUGAUCAUUCUAUGUUUUGUUUGCGUACUCUACGUGAAAUGAAGCUUUUACGUUAUUUUAACCAUGAAAAUUUAAAGAUUAUUUCUAUUUUAGAUAUUCAACAGCCACAGGAUUUUGAGUCGUUUUCUGAGGUGUAUUUGAUCCAAGAGUUGAUGGAAACUGAUAUGCAUCGUGUGAUUCGUACACAGGAUUUAUCAGAUGAUCAUUGCCAAUAUUUUAUUUAUCAAGUUUUACGUGCACUUAAAGCAAUGCACAGUGCAGACAUUUUGCAUCGAGAUCUGAAACCAUCCAAUUUAUUACUGAAUGCGAAUUGUGAUCUUAAAGUCUGUGAUUUUGGAUUGGCACGUUCUGCUGUUAGUACAGAAGAUACUACGAGUUUCAUGACAGAAUAUGUGGCAACACGCUGGUAUCGUGCGCCUGAAAUUAUGUUAACCUUCAAAGAAUAUACGAAGGCAAUUGAUAUAUGGAGUGUUGGAUGCAUUCUGGCUGAAAUGUUGAGUGGGAAGCCCUUGUUUCCUGGGAAAGAUUAUCAUCAUCAGCUUAUGCUUAUUCUAGAUGUACUAGGCACUCCAACAAUGGAAGAUUAUUAUGGGAUUAAAUCCCGUAGAGCUCGUGAAUAUAUUCGGUCUUUGCCGUUUAAGAAACGGGUUUCGUUUUCUACUAUUUUUCCAAAAGCUAAUCCACUUGCUUUGGAUUUACUUGAAAAACUUUUAGCUUUUAAUCCUGCAAAGAGAUUAACAGUUGAAGAGGCACUUCAGCAUAGAUAUCUUGAACCAUAUCAUGAUCCAGAUGACGAACCAACGGCUCCUCCCAUUUCUCCAAGCUUUUUUGAUUUUGAUCGAAUAAAGGACAAACUUAGCAAGAAUGAUCUUAAGGUUCUUAUCUAUAAAGAGAUUAUGGGGAAAGAUAGCCACUCUUCUUCUGACUAG